AUGAGCGAGACCAGCUCAUUGGCCGAGAGCGAUCCUCGGCUUCUGCACGAUGCUGGUUGGAAGAAGAUUCAAGAGAACACAUUCACACGUUGGGUGAAUCAGAAUUUGGCUUUGGAUGGUGAGCAAAUCGAGAAUCUGGCUACGGAUUUGUCGGAUGGUAUCAAUUUGAUCAAGCUGGUGCAGAUUUUGGCACAGCGAGUGGUGGGACAGAGGUAUAACAAGAAGCCGUCGUUGAGGCAACAGAAGCUGGACAAUGUUCAACAGGCCUUGAAUUUUAUUGAGAAUGAUGAGGGGAUCAAGCUGGUUACUAUUGGUAAGAAAUGUUGCUAUUUGGGCACAUUUUAUACGAUGGAAAGUGUUUUGUAGACAGGUUACACGAUUGAAAGUGUUUGGGGACAAGUUAUACGAUAGAAAGUGUUUGGGGACUUUUUAUACGAUGAAAAGUGUUUAGAGAAAUAUUUUUUUAGGCUUAUUGUAAGCCUAAAAAUACCUUUAAAACUAAUUUUUUAUAAGAAAAAACUUUUUUAAAAUUUUUAAAAUAUUUUUAAAAUAUUUUUUCAAUUUUUUAAUUUGUAAAAUUUUUUUUCAGACGGCACUCACAUCGUAGACGGCAACCUAAAGCUGAUCCUAGGCCUAAUCUGGACCCUAAUCUAUCACUACUCGAUUGGCCAACACAUUGAUGGUGACAAAAAGAAGGGCCAGACCCCAAAGCAACGUCUGAUGGCAUGGAUCAAGUCCAAACUACCUCAAGAUGUACCAGUAACCAACUUUACCAGCGAUUGGAACGACGGGAUGGCACUUGGCGCACUUGUCGACGCAUUAGCACCGGGAAGCUGCUCGGGCUGGAGGCAAUGGAGACCUGAUGAAGCACUCGACAACACACUUAAGGCUAUGAAGGCCGCUGAAGGGAAUUUGGGCGUGGGGAGGGUAAGGGUUUGAUGUUUUUUAUGUUGUUGAGUGUACAUAUUUUUAAUGGUUUAUGGAGGGGUAGGGGACACUUCAGAGUAGGGUAGGGAAAAAAUUAUGACAGGGUAUGGCGUUUUUAUGGUAGGGCUUGGGGGUAGGUAUGGCAAAGUAUGUCAAGGUAGGGAAGUUUAAGACUAUGUAGAACAAGAUAGGGCAGUGUAGUGUAGGGUCACUUAGGGUGGGGCAGUAUAGAAUAGGAUAGGGUUGCGUAGACCAGGGUAGGGUGAAGCGGGUUAGAGUAGGGAACUUUAUAGUAUGACUGCCUGAAAAUUGUCCCCAAAAAAAUUUUGAUAUUUGAAAAAUCAACCGGUCGAUAAAAGCUUUCUUGUAAAAUAGACCAAGGCAGAUUAACAUACACGGUAGGGUAGGGUAAGGUUGGGUAGGGUAAGGUAGAACAUGGUAGGAUAGGGUAGGGUAGGGUAUGAUUGGGUAGGGUAUGAUUGGGUAGGGUAGGGUAGGGUAAGGUAAGGUAGGACAUGGUAGGAUAGGGUAGGGUAGGGUAUGAUUGGGUAGGGUAGGGUAGGGAGGGUAUGACUGGGUAGGGUAGGGUAGAGUAGAGUAGGAUAGGGUACGGUACGGUAGGGCCGUUUAAAAUGUUUUACAAAGCUUAAUCUUUCAGCUGAUAGCACCAGAAGAACUGAUCAACCCGAACGUAGACGAGAAGUCAGUGAUGACGUUCUUAUCACAAUUCCCUCGAGCUCAAGCCAAAACUGCUCCGAAAGGUCGAAUCAGUGGAGUCGAUGCGGAACCAGUGGUCGGUCGAGAAACUCAUUUUACGGUCGAAGUCGACAAAGAAGAUACAAAUGCUGUCGUCGAGAUCUUUGAUCCGGAAAACAAAGAAGUUGAAGCUACAAUUCGACCGGUCGAAGGAUCAAAAACCGCUUUCAACGUUUCGUACGAACCAAAAGUUGUUGGGAAACAUGAGGUAGGUGAUUUUGAUAAUGAAAAUUUUAUAAAUUUUAAAUUUUGUAAGAAUUUAGGUUUAGUAGGCUUAGGCAUUAAAUUAGUAGGCUCAGUUGGUCAAGUUUGGUAGGCUUAGGUUUAGAAUGAAUAGUUUUAUUAGACAUACGCUUUUGAUUGGUUGGUUUAGGUUUAGUAGGCUUAUUCUCAGUAGGCUUAGGUUUAGUAGGCUUAGGCUUAGAAGGCUUAGGCUUAGUAGGCUUAGGUUUAGUAAGCUUAGUUUUAGAACAGAAAAGGGCUUAGUCCUAGACUCAAGCUUAAGCAUUAGGCUUAGGUUUUGUAGGAUUAGGCUUAUUAGGCUUACGCUUAGUAGGCUUGGUUUAGUAGGCUUAGGAUUAGUAGGGUUAGACUUAGUAGGCUCAGGCUUAUUUGGUUUAGGCUUAGUAGGCUUAGGCUUAGUAGGCUUAGGCUUAGUAGGCUUUGGCUUAGUAGGCUUAAGCUUAGUAGGCUUAGGCUUAGUAGUCUUAGACUCAGACUUAGUAGAAUUUACCUAUUUGUCAGGCUAGUAAAAUUUUUAUCUUAAAAAUAAAAAUUUGGGUCUCACCACGAAAACUUGAAUUUGUAUUUUUUGCGUUUUUAUAGCCAAAAUAAGUUGAAAAUUGAAAAUUUGAUGUUGUUUUGUUUACUCAAUCUUUAAAUUCGCUUUUCCGGAAGCCAAAACAAGUUUUUUUCCUUCACGGAGCUACCACAAGAUCAAUAUCAAUAUUCACGUUUAUUUAAAUCAUUAAUCCGAGCUUAAAUUUGUUUUUAAUUACCCUAAGGCUGUGAAUCUUGUUUUGACAGUAGUUUUUUGUUAACACUAAAAUGGAGUUUUAUAAUCGACCGGUCAAAUAUGUGAAAAUCUGUGAUACGGUAGGAUUAUUGUUUUUCUUUGUGGUGUACUGUAGAAUUAAAGCAACUUGAUUUUUGUGUCAGGAUUUUGAUAGGAUACUGUAUUUUUUUAAGGAAGGGUACAGUUUUGUAAACGUACAGUAUGGGGACUUAGAUAGGGUAGGGUUACUGUAGUUUUUUGGGGGUACUGUAGGAUUAAUGUGACUGGACUUGUGAAUUGUUAUUUUGAUAGGUUACUGUAUUUUUAUACUAGUAAGGUAGUAUAGUGUUCUGUAGAUUUUUAGUAUGGUGACUAAGAUACGGUAGGGUUACUGUAGUUUUUUGUGGGGCGUUGUAGGAUUAAAGCAGCAUGAUUUUUAUAGUUAUUUUGUUAGGUUACCGUAUUUUUUAUAAGGUAGAGUAGAGUUCUGUAAAGUUUCAGCUUGGUGACUUGGAUACGGUUGGGUUACUGUAUUUUUAAUGGGGUACUGUGAAGUAAAUUUUGGUAGUUUUUUUUGCAAAAAUGUUAAGUUCUUUUUGUUAUGAUUACAGUGUACGGUACUUUUUUUUCAGAUCACAGUCUACGGCGCAUCAGAAUCCCUGAACACGAAGCUUGGCAACUUCUCAGUACGAGUGAUCCCAGCACCGUACUUGGUCGAUUUCAAGCCAGAAAUUGAGGUCGGUGAAUCCCAAAAGUUCCGUGUAGCCAAUCUGACCGACAAAAACCAUACCGAAGUACUGGUGCUAGACCCCCGAGGCAAACAGUCUCAAAUCGAGCCGGGACCAAAGAUUGGUGCUUCGCUAGCCUUCACCCACCGACCUGACGUACCAGGCCUGCACUCGGUGAACGUGUUCGUGGACAAACGGCACAUUCCCGGCUCACCGUUCGCACUUCACGCAACGGCUGGUGCCACCGCGACAGCAUUGGUCUGGGGCCGAGGAUUGAGUCGGAAAGGGCCGAGAGUUGGAGAUCAUCUACCAGUUCAUGUCGAUGGUUGUGACAAGCCUAUUAAGGUCGAGGUCAGGAACAAAGACGGACUUAUGGUACAUUGUGCACCUGUUUUUGAUGGAUUAGUACCGGUUACUCCGAAUUCUAAAGGUAAGAGUAGGGUACAGUUUUUUAUAAACUAUGGUAGCGUACUGUAGGUAAUGAGUACGGUAGGGUAAAUAAGAGAAUUCUAGAGUAACGCAUGGUCGAUUAGGCAAAGUAUAGUAAGGUCGAGUAGAGUAGGUUAGCUUUCAUUACGAUAUAUUAUUGAACGGUAGGAUAGGGCAGGGUAAAGUAGGACAGAGUAUGAUAGGGUAGGGUAGCGUAGGCUGGAUUUCAUUAGGGUGGAUUAGUGAACGGUAGGGUAGGGCAGGGUAAAGUAGGCAGGCUUGGACACAGGGCAGGGCAUUGGCAAAUUUCCAUGCCAUGCCCUGCAAUGCCCUGCCCUGUACAGGGCCUUCGACUUUCAUGCCUUGCCCUACCAUGCCCUUGCCCUGCAGGGCAUCAGGGCAUUUACAGGGUAUUUACAGGGCGUUUGGGUAUAUUUCGGCGGACGCCUUCGCCGAGCGGUCAAUAAUCGGCGGACGCCGUAAUUUGGUUAGUUUAGUAGCUAGAAACAUGUAGUCAAGUGCAAUAUUUGUUAUCUGUUAUAAUCUACACAUUAAGGCAGUAAUUAAUGUUUUUGAAAGCAAUAUUGUUAUCGACCGGUCGAUAAUUUACAAAUUAAUUUGUACAAAAAAACAACGUUUUUCGCUAAGAAUUGUACCUAAUUUAAUUUCUAUACGAUUUAAAACACCAGAGCGAUAAAAAUAUAUAUGAAAUUUGCAAUUAAUAUAUACUAAAAAUUAUCAACCGGUCGAUAACAAUACUACUUUUAAAAUCUUAAACUUAUGCUUUUAUUUGUAGCCUAAGACAUAUAAUAACUUCUGAAUUUAAAUACAUGUUUAUAGCUACUAAACUAACCACGUUAUGGCGUCCGCCGAUUAUCGACCGCUCGGCGAAGACGUCCGCCAAAACUUACACAUGGCACAAACAGGGCAUUUGCAGGGUAACGCAGGGCAUAUGCUUCGCCCUGCCCUGUUCCAAGCUAUACCAUGCCCUACCAUGCCCUGUAACAGGGCAUGGUACAGGGUACCCUGCCCUGCGUCCAAGCCUGAAAGUAGGGCAGAGUAUGAUAGUGUAAACUACGGUAGUGGAGGGUAGGGUAAAGUAAGGUAGGGUACGAUAGGGUAAGGUAGGGUAGAGUAGGGUAGAGUAGGGUAGGGUAAGGUAAGGUAGGGUAGGGUAGGGUAGGGUAGGGUAGGGUAGGGUAGGGUAGGGUAGGGUAGGGUAGGGUAGGGUAGGGUAGGGUAGGGUAGGGUAGGGUAGGGUAGGGUAGGGUAGGGUAGGGUAGGGUAGGGUAGGGUAGGGUAGGGUAGGGUAGGGUACGGUAGGGUAGGGUACGGUAGGGUACGGUGGGGGUAGGGUACGGUACGGUAGAGUAGGGUAUGAUAGGGUAGUGAAGGCUACAGUAUGGUACAUUACACUACAGGCGAGGUCCUAAUAUAAAAAGUUACAGUAGCAAAGCCAACAUUUUCAGAAUCAAAAUCUCGAAAGACUUUUGAAUACGCACCACUUGGCACAGGACCUCAUACUGUCGAAGUGACAUGUAAUGGACAACAUCUAGGUCAAAGUCCGUACGAAAUCGACGUGAUGCCGAAAGCAGCAUCACCAGUACGAGCGGUAGGACCUGGAUUGGAAGGUGGUGUCAGCAAUGAACCGGCUGUCUUCUAUGUCGAUACUAAAGGCGAUGCUAAUGUUUUAGGUAUGGUUUUGUUUUUGGGUAUAGGUGGAUCUUUAGGUAACAUUUAGUGUUUUAGGCAGUGUGUUUUGCCGGACCGGCCCUGUCGGCGGACUGAUCCAACAAAAAUUUUUGCGGACCGGACUGGACCCAAAAAUUUAGUUUGGACCGGACUGGACCGGAUUCAAAAAUUUAAAGGUUGAACCGGACUUGACCUGACCCAUAACUUUGAAGUUUGGCCCGAACUGGACUGGACUUAAAAAUUUAAAAUUUGGAUCGGACAGGCCUAAAAUUUUGAAGUUUGGGCUCCAUCCCCACCCCUAUAGCCAAUUUUUUCAGAAUUCUCAACAGAAGGCCCCUCCCAAGCUGACAUCAAGUCGAUCGACAAUGGUGAUAACACCGCCAUCGUAUCGUACACUCCUCAGAAGGCAGGUGUCUACAAGGUGAAUGUCAUGAAGAACGGACAACAUAUCAAGGACUCCCCAUUCGUCGUUAUGAUCGACCCUGAGGGCGAGAAGCAAGUCAACAAGCCUAAACUGCUACCGUUGAGUGAUACUGAAGUCAAGGUGGGAAAGAAGUUCGAAUUUACUGUGGAAUGUAAGUAUCUCUUGGUAGUACUGUAUAGUACGAAGAAUUAGACAUGUUGUGGUUUGUAUAUACUGUAAAAUGUAUCUACAGUACCCAAUGGGACAGUAUUUUAUCUCUUGGAUACUAGACAGAUUUGGUACUGUAGGUAGAUAUUGAGGUACUAUAGGUUGAUAUUGGGGUACUGUAAGUAACUUUUGAUGUACUGUAAGUAACCUUUGAGGUACUGUAAGUAACCGUUGAGGCACUGUGAGUAACCUUUGAGGCACUGUAAGUAACCUUUGAGGUACUGUAAGUAAGACAGAUUUAGUACUGUAAGUACUUUUUGAGAUACCGUAAGUAACUUUUGAGGUACUGAAACUAGCCUUUGAGUUACUGUAACUAACCUUUGAGGUACUGUAGGUACUAUUAUUUAAAAUUUUAGUACUAAUGAUACUAUUUUUAGCACAAAGCACUCCAGAAGUCAAGGUAUACGAUCCCAACUUCAAUCCAGUCACAGUGAAAUCAGCCGACAGUGGUAAUCAAUCGUUACAUACAUACGAAUUCAUACCACGAAGUCAAGGUAAAUACGUCAUAUGCACGAGUGUGGACAAGGUAGCUGUUGAUGGUACACCAGUAGGCGUAGAAGCAGUGGUGCCAACCGAUUUCUCAAAACUUCAUGUCUACGGACCUGGGGUUGGAAGUCAGGUAGGUUAAUAUGAAAUGGCAAGAACUUUCUUUACAAAGCACAAAAUGACAAGAGCUUUCUUUACAAAACCAAAAGGCAAGAACUUUCUUUACAAAACAAAAAUGGCAUGAAUUUUUUUACAAGAGAUAUAAUUGCAGGAACUUUCUUUACAAAACAGAAAAUGGCAAAAACUUUCUUUACAAAACAAGAAUUGGCAAGAACUUUGUUUACAAACCAUAAAUAGCAAGAACUUUCUUUACAAACAAAAAUGGCUAGAACUUUCUUUACAAAGUUUAAUAUGCCAUAAUAUUUUAGGUAGUAACCAACAAGCCGGUCAUCUUUAACGUAGACACUCGUGACGUAAUCUGUAAAAAGUUGGAAGUUGAGGUUACUGACCCAUUUGGAGCACCAUUGGACAUUGAACUUGUUCAGGAUGACCCGGCCAAACCAAUUCAAGUAACUUAUACUCCAAAGAACACUGGUAAUCACUACGCCAAGAUAUAUGUCGAUGGCGUUUUGGCAUUUGAUGUUAAUGUUGAUGUCACUGAUACUGGACGGAAAUGUAAUGGUUUUAGCUGUGCCGUACUCUAUUGUACUUUAUCUACCCCUACCUUACCCUAUCCUACUUUAUCCUACCCUACCCUACCCUACCCUACCCUACCCUACCCUACCCUACCCUAUCCUACCCUACCCUACCCUACCAUAUCUUACCCUACCUUACUCUACCAUAUCCUACCCUACCCUACUCUGCCCUACCGUACCCUUACCCCUACUACCUUAACCUUACAUUUACCCUUACUACUAUCUCUCUACUACCGUAACCCUACUCCUACCCAUACUACCGUACCCUUAUCUUCACCCCUACUACCAUAGCCUUACAUUCACCCAUACUAUCGUACGCCUACUACCGUACUCCUACUACUGUAACCCUACCCAUACACCUAAUACUACCGUAACUUUCCUUUUCCUACCGUAUCUUCCUUUAAAACAAACUUUUAUUUUUCAGUCUCAACCUCCUCAUCCUCGACCACCACAGCAACAACAACAUCAGCCACAGCGUCGGAACGUGGUAUCCCUCGCCGCCAAUACAGUAACCCACAGCAUCAACAAGAUGCCAGUCUCCACCUAAUGCUGAAAGACGUCGAGCCACGCCAUCUAACCGCCCGCAUCCAAUGCCCGGACGGUCGUGUCGAGAACGUACCACUGGUGCACAGUGGCAACAACCACUUCACCAUCAACUUCCAACCCAAAAUCGACGGAGUUCACGUCAUCGACGUCUUCCAUCGCGGCCAACGAGUUCAAGGUGCUUACCGCUAAAUCGCUUUCUCGCUUCCUUAAGUUCGCUUCCAAGCCUACGGUGUGGGGUACACGGUGACGCGAAGGGGUACGGUGAGGGCGUAGGGUGUCAUACAUUAUGCUAACACUUGUGUACUAACCUGGUCAAAAAGUUUGUAGAAAAUAUGAUUCUUGGUCAAAACGUCUAUAGAAACUUUGGUUUUCGGUCAAAAAGUUUGUAGAAAUCAAGAUUUUUGGGUCAAAAAGUUAAUAGAAAUCGUUUUAAAUAAAUUUUUGAGACAAGUUAUACGAUCAAAAGUGUUUUUUGGACAAGUUAUACGAUCAAAGUGGUUUUGAAUAAAAAAAAAUUUUUUUUGUCAAAAUAAAAUGUUUUACAAUACCCCAAUAACAUCUAACUAGCUUAACUUGACUAAUUUUAAAGUAUUUCACUUCACUCUCUAACACAACCACUUUUUUAUAUUACACUAGACCUAUCACUUCCUAAUCCACUAAAUUUUAAAAUUUGCAGCCAUAACAAAUAUUAUUCCAGGCUCCCCCUUCCGAAUGCCAGUUACCCUAUCAGGCGAAAGCAAAGCCCAUCUAGUCCGAGCCGAAGGCACUGGACUACAACAUGGCGUCGUCGGCGAACAGCAAUCCUUUGCCAUUUUGGUCGGCGAAGCCGGUGGCGGCGAACUCAAAGCCUCGAUUAAUGGGCCCUCCAAAGCUGAUAUCACAUUGACAGACUUUAAAGAUGGUAUAUGUAGAGCAGAGUACACGACAGAUGAACCAGGAUUAUACACGAUCAGCUUGAGCUUGGAUGAACAGCCAAUUCAUGGAUCACCGUUCAAGGUAGGAUAAUGUUGGGUGUGGAGAUUUUUAAUGGAUUUUUUAUAAGUUUGAAAUGCUUUACCUGAGGGGGUUUGGGCUUAAAAUGACCACAGGAGUUUUGUGAGUAUUUUAAGUACAAACAACCUUAUAUCGUGUUCAGUUACUAGUCGAAAAAAAGAACAGUUUGAACAAGCAAGCAAAGAUAAUAUCAGGUGCUCCGGCUUUGAUUGGAUUUUUUUGAAAUUUUUAAAAGUUUUACUUGAGGGAUAUUGGGCUAGAAAUGACGACGAAGGAAUUUGUGAGUAAUAUGCGUACAAAUAACUUUAUAUUGUGUUCAUUUACCAGUCGAAAAAAAAGAAAAGAUUGAGCAAGGAUGGAUAAUAUCAGGUGCUCCGACUUUGCAUGGAUUUUUUUGGAAUUUUUAAGGAUUUUACCUGCGGGAGUUUGCGCUUAAAAUGACCGCAUAACCCUACUGAACAUUUUGAUUACAAGCUUUAUUAGUACCACUAAGUUAUCAACCAAAAAAACGUCAAAAAACCACGUAAACACACGUUUUUUGAUAUUAUUCAUAACUUUUUCAGGUGUUUAUAUCCCCAAAGAGCCAAAGCAACUCCCCACCGACGAAACGCCCAUUCACUGGUGAAUCAUCUACCUCUCAAACUGAACACGAUCGACAUACAGUAGGGCAGAAGUCAUUUGAGAACCAUCGAAACUCGUAUGAAUCAUCGGCGGACGACGUGAGAAGCGUGAAUCCGCUACAGGCAAGUUGUCUUAAAGGUUAUAAUUAGUUUAAAAUGUUUCUAAAUGAGCUGUAUGAGGUAUAUAUCUGAAUGGUAUACCUAAAAUGGCAUAAAAAUUGACUUGAAACAGAAUGCCAAAGUUGGCGGGAAAUUUAAAAUUUAAAAAUUAAGCCCAUUUUCAGGAAGUAAACCGUGACGAAUACGACAAUAACCGUUAUCAAGGGUACACAGAGAAGUCCAGUAGCCAAAAACAUGAAUUUGCUUCGAAAUACGAUGACACAAAUUCUGGACGCUACACCAAAGCCUACGGUAUUCACAACUCAAAAGUCGGCGAUACGAAGUACCAUGGUAAUGGAGAGAGAUACGAUCAUGGAAAAGGUGAAUUUGAAGGUAGUGCGAGAUAUGACAGUACUGGUGCAAGAUAUGAUAGUACUGGUGCUAGAUACGAAGGACAGUACGAAAAUGACAAAACAGAAGACGUAUACCAAAAACUACUGUCAGAAUCCACCGAAUACGAUCAAAAACACCGUCAGAAUUUCCUCACGGCUACAGCAGCCGACGUGAGGAAGGUCGUAGCCGAGGGUAGCGGCCUAUAUGAAUAUAUACCAGGCGAGACCGCCAAUUUUACUGUAAAUACCAGUAAAGCUGGCCGUAGUUACCUAUUUAUUGGCGUGGUAACGUCGAAGGGACCUUCAGAAGAAGUGAAUAUACAUCAUCGUGGCGAGGGCGUGUAUAACGUUUCGUACAAGAUACCUGAUCGUACUCGUGCUGUGGUGAUUGUCAAGUACGGUGAUCGGGAAGUUAUGGGAUCGCCGUUCACCGUUAGGCCACGGUAA